GACAAAGUUCCGUCGACCAGGUCACAGACUCCUAACAAUUUUCACCGUUCAUUUUUUAUUUUUCUCUCUCUUUCUCUGUUCUUUUCUGUGUCUCUCUCUCUCUCCAGGGAGAGAGAUUGAUCAGCUACCCAAAAAAAAAGAAGAAGAAAAAUCAGCUAACACGAAUCCGAAAAUCUAUAAUCCUAAAUAGACGACACAGACACAGAUAAAACAAAUUCGAAAAACACAUUAAAAAAACAAAUUCGAGAGGAAGAAAAAUAUCUAGGGUUUCCAAAAUAAUAAAUUCCCUCUUUUUCUUUUUUGGUUUUUGUUUUUCUCUUUCAACUUUCUUUCCCACCAAACACCGUUCCCGCUCCUGCAUUCUUUCAUUCCAAGAAAGCGAGGAUUCAACUGAUUUCAGAUUGAUAGCAGCCGGUGGUUCCUUUUUGUUUUUUCGGUCCAAUUUUUUCUGUUCCUAAUUUUAUCCGGCGAGGGUGAAUUUUCCGGGAAAAUUUGCUUGUUUUCUCUUCCCUGCGACCUUCGCCGCCGGCUGCUAUUGGUUUGUCAACGGCAACUUCUUCGAGGUGUUUUGUCUGAUUUGUUGAUCCGGCGGAGAAGGUACUUGGCAGAGGCAGGGGAAGAGAAUGGUUGAUGGUGUUGGAAGAAAGAGAGAAUGUUAUAAUUGCAAAAUUGUAAUUCAUGAGAUCUUCUUUAGCUGAUUUUUUUAUUUGUUGAAACGUUGUUGAUUUAAGUUGUUCAAGGGUUUUGAAUGCAUUUUGAUCCAUGGAUUUGGAAGUAGUUCCAUCUUCCCGGGAUUUGUUGAAAUGUUGCAACUGUGAGUGUAGUUGCUCCUUGCUAGCUCAAUCAUCCGGCACUUGGAUGCGUUCUGUCAAACGUAAACAUGAUGAGUUCAAGCUGGAUAACCCAUUGCCUAUGCCUGCAUUUGCGCGGAUUGAAAUCGAGAACGAAUGUGCAGCCUUACGUGAGAUGGUUACCAUGCAGCAGAAAACUAUUCAAGAUUUGAAUGCUGAAUUGGAGGAGGAGAGGAAUUCUUCAUCCACAGCUGCGAAUGAGGCCAUGUCUAUGAUAUUGAGGCUGCAGAGGGAGAAGGCAGAGGUUCAAAUGGAGGCACGGCAAUUCAAGCGAUAUGCAGAGGAGAAGAUGACACAUGAUCAGGAGGAGCUUCUAUCUUUGGAGGAUUUGUUGUAUAAGAGAGAACAGGUAAUUCAGUCACUUACUUGUGAAGUUCAGGCUUACAAGCACAGGAUGAUGAGUUUUGGCCUCACUGAGGAUGAGGUAGACAGUGAUCGAUUUGAGCUUCCGACUUAUGAAUACCCUCCUUUGAAAUGUAAUGUGAUGCAUGGUGCUAUGGAUGCUGAUAAUGAUGACACCGAUAUUGAGAAGUAUGCAUUUGGUGAAACUCCGAGUGACCGUUUGAGGAACUUGGAAAAUAGGAUUUCUCAAAUGGAGAAAACUCCCACUUACAGCCAGAUGGAUGGAGAUUUUACAGGAAAAAAUAUUCUAGAGAAAGUGAUUGUUGGACAGUCUCCAAGUCGGACUAUGCAUUCAAGGAAAUUUUCCUGUGACUCAACAUCAUUUGGUGGGAUGGGUAAGGAAACAGGUCCUGAGUUUGUGAUGGAUUCUCCCAAGGUCAAUGGUAACUAUAAGAAAGAUUAUUUUUCACAGUCAGAUGACCCUUCCAAUUUGAAGAAGGUAGAUAAUGCUUCCGAAGGUGAUGAUAUGAGUGACAGAAUUUAUACAAUUGACUCUGUUCAUUGUGGGGCACCGUAUAAUGGUUUCACAGAAUCCAAAGCUGGAACUGGUGGUUUUGAAGAUUAUGCAACUACUCCAAGAGAGUCAGGGAACCAUACUGAUUUUGAGGAUCCCUACAUAAAGAAGCUUUACAUGAGGCUUCAAGCACUUGAGGCUGAUAGGGAAUCAAUGAGGCAGGCGAUCAUUUCAAUGCGCACUGAUAAAGCACAACUUGUGUUACUGAAGGAAAUAGCUCAACAUCUGUGCAAAGAUAUGUCACCACAAAGAAAAAUUGCAAGGAAGCCAUAUUUUGCUGGCAACUCUUCAUUCUCGUCAGUUUUCAAGUAUGUUCAGUGGGUUUCAUCACUUGUUUUCUGGAGAAAGAGAGCACGUCAAAGCAAGUAUAUGUUCGGGCUACCGGCCGAAAGUACUGGUUUGCUGCUGCUGCUGGACAAGGGAACACGGGCAAGGCCAUGGAGAUGUAUUUCAAGUACACAAGUGGGAGGAGAAUAGUUUCUCGAUUCUCUUGUCAAAUGCGGGAGCAUCAAACAUGAAUUUUUAACACUACUACGAUGAGAUUUUUUGUCUAUUCCCCAUGGAUCUUUCUCCCAAAAAAGUGGUGUGUUGUGCAGUGUUCUUUUAUUGCUUUUACGUAAAAUUGAAUGUAAUUUGUUGGUUGAUUCGUGAAAACUUGGAUAUGAUAUGACAUACAAGCAUUCUCACUCGUAAGGUUUGUUGGAGUUGAGUUCAGGGUACAUCUUUGGACAAUCUUCUCUUGUAUAUAACGUUUUGCUGCAAGUUUACUCACGCUUCAAGCAAUGUCUAUUCUCAAUCUCAAUUUUACUGAGUGCAGCUUUGUCAGUUUAGUUUUGCACAUUCAAAUGUACCUUCUAUAACCUCCCGCAGUCAAAUUCUUUGUUCUGAAUGGAUUGUCUAUCAUAUUAUUUAUUAUUAGCUCUUUUACUUUUAUCAAAUUGUUGUAUAAUAAUGUAAUUCAUUUAUUAAAUUCAUUUGUUUUAAUUAAAGAUGUGCCCACUCUUUUCAU